CCCAUCGCCGCAUCCCCAGCACAGCACACCUUGCCAUGGCCACACCCAUCCCCUCGCCCAGCGCUCUCCGCGCCCUCCGCGCCCUCUCCACGACGCCCGCCCCCGCGCGCACCCAGAUUCGCCACGCGACGCUCCUCCGCCGCCCAAAGCGCCCCUACACCUUCACGCAGCUCGUCACCCUCUCCGACGGCAGCACCUUCGUCCAGCGCACGACCUCGCCGCUCCCCGUGUACAAGGCCACCAAAGACACGCGCAACACGCCGCUGUGGAACCCGAGCAGCCAGAAGCUGCUGAACGUCGAGGAGGACGAGGCCGGCAAGCUGGCGGCGUUCAGAGCAAAGUUCGGACGCGGCUGGGAUGCUGAGCAGGGCAAGGGAGCGAACAAGGGAGACUUUCUCAUGGACUUGAUCAGUGGUGCGGGAAAGACUGAGGCGGCUCAGGCAAAACCCGCUGCUGCGGCGCCCUCGAAAGCAGCUCCUGCAAAGGGUGGGAAGAAAUAAGUGCAAGGCGUGAGAUGGCGCAAUCGGGGGAGGUCGACCAUGGGAAGCAGCCGCGCAGGGCAGGGCCGCGCUCAGAGGGCUUCGUUGUGGUCAAAACAUGCUACAUCCUGCACGCAGUGUAUCCGUGCCUCAUGUGUUACAUUAUUUGUACAAACAGGUUUACAAGUGUUUCCACUAUAGAAUCGCAUAGCGUCCACUGUCAUGAGCUGACAUCACCUGU